CCCCCAAUUUUUCCUCUCUCUCUAUAUCGCGACCGAACCGAAACACAAACGCAGCAGAAGAAAAGAGAGAGAGAGAGACGUGUAGAGAGGGAGAGGAGAGAGAGAAAGGAGAGAGGGUGGAAGCUUUGUUAGUUUCUGUCAUAGAAUAGAGAGCUCGUGGAAGAUCAGUGAGUCUCCUACAAUGCCUGUGGAGAAGAGCUUGAAGGCGGCUGAGAUUCCCGAUGAGGAAGGCGAAGAAGCUAAAGACCAACGAGGCGACCGAUUUGUUCCGGAGGCUGAAGAGGAUCUGCAAGAGACGAGGAUUGAGAAGAAAGACGAACAAGGAGGGGACGACGAGGAAGAAGUGAAACGCGACGAGGCGGAUGAGGAAGAAGUACUCGUCGAAGAAGAUAAGGAAGAUGAUGAUGAAGAUGCAGAAGAAGAGGAGGAGGAGAAAGAGGAAGAAGAUGAUGAAGAAGAAGAGGAAGAAGAUUCUAAGGAGAAAAGUCCAUCUUCCACAUCAGGAGACAAAUCAGAAUUUAUAGAUAUUGAUCCAGCGGAAAUCCGUAAAGACGUGCAGUGUCCCAUAUGCUUAGGAAUCAUAAAGAAAACAAGGACAGUGAUGGAAUGUCUGCACCGGUUCUGUAGGGAAUGUAUUGAUAAGUCUAUGAGAUUGGGGAACAAGGAAUGUCCCGCUUGCAGGAAACGUUGUGCAAGCCGGCGUUCUCUUAGAGACGACCCCACUUUUGAUGCUCUUAUUGCUGCUUUAUUCUCUAAUAUUGAUACCUAUGAGGAAGAGGAAUUCGCUUUUCAUGAAGAUGACAAGGCUCGUAACAAGCAGAUUCAAGCAUCUAUAGCUGAAGUAUCGCAGAGACAAUCUGAGGCUCUUGUGAAAAGAAAAUCAUAUGGUAAAGAGACAUCAGCUUCAAUGAGACCACAGCGUAGAAGGAGAAGGAACUCCAGAAACAUGGAUGUAGAAGAAGAAGCUCAUGACGAUGAUGACAACAUCAACGGCAAAGAUUCGUCUUCAGACGCAGAAGUCCGGCUCAGGAAAAGAAGGAAACGUUCUACAGGUCGUGCAGCAACACUAAACCCUUCUUCUUCUUCAGUUGCAAACCACAAUGGUAACUGUGCAGAGAACAACACAGAAGUAGGGAUAUCUCCAGGGCUUGUGUGGAACCCGGAGAUACUUGCUUGGGGAAGAGGGGGUACAAGGAGUAACACAAGGCAUGGGAAUAACACAACAGGAGGUAGUGGUAGUAGUAGUAGUAAGAGUGUAAGGAAUGCUCGUGUGAAUAGACUUGUGGAGUGUCUACGCAGCAGCGUCGAUGGCAGCAGUAUUGAGCUUGAUAUUCAUCUCAAGCUUGUCUCCGUGGACACAAAAUGUGUACCAGAGUUACCUCAGCCAUAUCUCUGUUGCAGGCCCACUUUGCUUGUUAAACAGCUCCGUGAAUUUGUGGCACUUCAGAUACAUCUGAAGACUGAAGAGGUUGAAUUGUUGGUAACAAGAGGAUUAGGAGGAGGGGGAGAAGAUAAGGGAACAGAGAAUCUUCCUGUAGUGGCUUCAGAUUCAGCAGCAGCAUCCAAAGAUGAGAUGCAAAGCCUGGAAGACAAUGAACCAUUAUCAAGGCUCAAAGUUGAACACCAUUUGAUCAUAGCUUACCGGCAGAAGAAAACCGAGUGAAAGAAACGUGGUGCCUGAAGGACGUAUAUAUAAAGAUGGAUCAUGGGCUUGUGUUAUCUGUUUGCUAGAUUAUAUAUCUCAGUUGUUUUUUUUUUGGUUCAAGUAGUUAAAUUCAAUGGAGUUUUGACAUUUGUGACAGUUCUUUUUUUUCGCUCAUCGUAGACGUUACUUAGUAUUUAUGCAGCAAUUUACUUUAAGGAA